CGUGUUCACUUGUACGUUCACACUUGUACUCAUAGCUCAAAUCUGUUAUGCAGUUUUUAAAUCAAAGCAAACACUUGCUAUGUGGCGUCCUGCCGAAACAGAAGGCUGUGAGAGAAUGUUAACAGCGCAUCUCGCCCUGGCAUUUUUGCGUUUGCGGGGCUGUGAAGUUCACCCGAAUACUGAAGAUUAAAGUUAAGUUCCUUUCGCGUUCGCAUUUAAGAAAAUGUUAGUGUCCAUUACAUGAAGGGCUGGUGUGUCUACACCUUUUUAUAAUAAACCUCUAGUCGAAAUUUCGUAUAUGUUAUGACAGUAUUGUUAUAUAUAUUGUUAGAUUCGUUUCUUUAAUCGCUUGAGGAGCUUCAGUGAAAGAAAUUUCCCGUAUCUAUACAGCCGCCUUUGAGAGGCCAAGAAGAACAUCAGAAUCAGUGUGUUGACCAUGGGGUUCGUGUUGGGUUUGGCUUAGGCGUGUGGAUGGCUUAGACGUGUGGAUUGUUCCGCGAUGAUGGCAGGCAGAGAUGGCUUGUCUGGCUCAGACCGGUUUGCGUACCUCCAGGGACUGGUCACAGAGUUUCAGGACGCUGACAGUGAAGACCUGCGGACACUUCAGGUCACAGAACUCUUCUUGGACAUGCUGACUGAGGAGAACCAGAACCUGGUGGAGUUUGGGAUUGGUGGCCUGUGUAAUCUGAGUAUGGAUCAGGAGAGCCGCAAUCAGAUUGUACAGACUGAUGGUGUCCCACUGGUGAUGGGAUGUCUGUCCAGUCCUCGAGAUGAGACCGUUCUCUCUGCUAUUACCACUCUGAUGAACCUCACAACAGCUACUUCACAUUCUCAGACGACAAAUGGCUCCGUGGUCCUGUGCAUGUUGCGCUUCUCUCUCUCAGAAAACCCACGGCUGCGGAACCUGGCCUCUGUCUUCCUCCAAGAUUAUUGCACCGAGGAGCAGGUUGAGAAAGCCAGGGAACACAUGCAGGGACACAUUCAGUCUGCGGUGGGCAUUCCACUCCCGGACAACAAGCCCUUUCUGGACUCGUCUCAACCAUGAGGUUAUCUCAAGAGUUGUGUGGCUGUGAGAGGAGGUUGAGAGAGCUUUGGUAAUAUGAGCCUGCUUACAGUGCUGAUGGUGCUGGAGAUGGGACGGAGCUGUUGUUCUGCAAGUGAUGUAGCAGUGGAUUUGUUUAAGGCCUCCACCCUCUUUUCUCAACAUAAUGUGCAUAAGCCAGAGAUCCAUACAGCAUGAACAGUAUCCUGUGUAUCUCAACAGUGACAGUGGCAGAGUUGCAUGUUUAUCUUUGCCAUGUUUAAUGUUCACAGUGUUUAUGUUGAUAAAAAUGAGUGUACAUGCCUGGAUACACAAGGAUACACAAGAAUGACAGUAUUCUUGAUAACAGAUUCAACAAGGCACGUUUUAAUAACCUGCAGAGCUGAAUAAAUCAUUUCUUGUAUAGUUACCACAGUAAAUAAAAUUAAACAGA